UUGGCCUGUUGGCUUGCCAUUUUGUGACGCCUCGGAAACGAUUUCAGGUAAACAGUUUCUGCUGUUGCUUGCCUGCGAGGAGACAAGAAUUAUGUCGAAACGUAGGAUUGAUGUUGUCGAUCCCUAUGUCAAACGAAGAACUUUUAGAUUGUAUUUUCGUCUGUGUUAAAAAUUAUCAUUUAUAUGAAAAAUGAAAGAAGAGAAUUAAUUUUACUACAAUAUCUUAGAAUGUAACAGAAAAAGUAUUCUAUGUCGUCGAUUGUUUGCUCUACUCAUUCGUAGUGGUUCUCAACCAAGUUUAUUUUGCACGAUUACCGCGUGCAGCCGAUGUCAAUAUACUAGUUAUAAAAUCGAAGAAGAUACAAAGACAAUCAUAAUAGAUUAAUUGGAUCAACAUCUAAUAAUGUGCCUGCAGCUCCUACUGACCCAAAAAAUCAAGUUCAAAUUAACCCAUAUAAUGGACUUCCUUAUACACCACGCUACCAUGAAUUUUAUAAAAAGAGGAUAACACUACCUGUGUUCGAAUAUCGUGUUGAUUUCAUGAGGCUUUUAGCAAAUCAUCAAUGCAUAGUGCUUGUAGGAGAAACAGGAUCAGGAAAAACUACACAGAUACCACAAUGGUGUGUGGAGUAUUCAAGAUGUAUAGGAAUCAAGGGUGUAGCAUGUACUUCACCAAGAAGAGUAGCAGCAAUGUCUGUUGCACAAAGAGUUUCAGAAGAAAUGGAUGUUUGUUUAGGUCAAGAAGUUGGAUAUAGUAUUCGUUUUGAAGACUGUAGUUCUCCAAAAACUGUGUUGAAGUAUAUGACAGAUGGUAUGCUUCUACGUGAAGGCAUGUCUGAUCCUAUGCUUGAAGCAUAUCAAGUAAUUUUACUUGAUGAAGCUCAUGAAAGAACUUUAGCUACUGAUUUACUUAUGGGUGUUUUAAAAGAAGUGAUAAAGCAAAGACCAGAUUUAAAGCUUGUAAUUAUGAGUGCAACUUUAGAUGCUGGAAAAUUUCAACAGUAUUUUGAUAAUGCGCCACUCAUGAAUGUACCUGGUAGAACACAUCCAGUUGAAAUUUUUUAUACGCCAGAACCAGAAAGAGAUUAUUUAGAAGCUGCUAUUAGAACAGUUAUUCAAAUACAUGUGUGUGAAGAAGUGAGUGGAGAUCUACUUUUGUUUUUAACUGGACAAGAAGAAAUUGAAGAAGCUUGUAAAAGAAUCAAAAGAGAAAUGGAUAAUUUAGGUCCCGAAGUUGGUGAACUUAAGUGUAUUCCACUAUAUUCAACAUUACCUCCAAAUCUUCAACAAAGAAUUUUUGAACCUGCUCCUCCAAACAAACCUAAUGGUGCUAUUGGUCGAAAAGUUGUAGUAUCAACUAACAUAGCAGAAACAUCAUUAACAAUAGAUGGUGUAGUCUUUGUGAUUGAUCCUGGGUUUGCCAAACAGAAGGUCUAUAACCCCAGGAUUCGUGUAGAGUCACUUCUUGUAUCACCAAUUAGUAAAGCUUCUGCACAACAACGUGCUGGUCGUGCAGGUCGUACUCGUCCAGGCAAAUGUUUUAGGCUGUACACAGAAAAAGCAUAUAAAAAUGAAAUGCAAGAUAAUACUUAUCCAGAGAUUCUGCGAUCAAAUCUUGGUAGUGUUGUGUUGCAAUUAAAGAAGUUGGGAAUCGAUGAUCUGGUACAUUUUGAUUUUAUGGACCCACCUGCACCUGAAACUUUAAUGAGAGCACUGGAACUUCUCAAUUAUUUAGCAGCUCUUGAUGAUGAUGGAAAUUUAACAGAUCUUGGAGCUAUAAUGGCAGAAUUUCCUUUGGAUCCACAAUUAGCCAAAAUGUUAAUUGCUUCUUGUAAUCACAAUUGUAGUAAUGAGAUACUUAGCAUUACUGCCAUGCUUUCAGUCCCACAGUGUUUUGUGAGGCCAAAUGAAUCAAAGAAGGCAGCAGAUGAUGCAAAAAUGAGAUUUGCUCACAUCGAUGGUGAUCAUUUAACAUUACUCAAUGUUUACCAUGCUUUCAAACAAAAUUUGGAAGAUCCACAAUGGUGUUACGACAAUUUUGUCAAUUAUCGAUCUUUAAAAAGUGGAGAUAAUGUCAGACAACAAUUAAGUAGAAUAAUGGAUAGGUUUGCUUUGAAACGCACUUCUACUGACUUCACGUCAAAAGAUUAUUAUAUAAAUAUAAGGAAAGCUCUUGUGAAUGGUUUCUUCAUGCAGGUGGCUCAUUUAGAAAGAACAGGCCAUUACUUAACAAUUAAGGAUAAUCAAAUUGUACAAUUACAUCCAAGCACUUGUUUGGAUCACAAGCCAGAAUGGGUGAUUUAUAAUGAGUUUGUACUCACAACCAAAAAUUAUAUUAGAACAGUUACUGAUAUUAAACCUGACUGGUUACUAAAGAUAGCACCACAAUAUUAUGAUCUACAAAAUUUUCCUCAAUGUGAAGCAAAGAGACAAUUAGAAGUUAUUCAAGCCAAACUGGAUUCAAAACAGUAUCAGGAAGGAUUCUAACCUCUAUACAUGUUAGAUAUAUUUAAAUAUCACAUAACAUGGCUGAAAAUUUUCGAUCAAAUAAUUUAUGAUAGAGAAGGACAUGUAAUUGAUUGGAAUAUCAAAAUCUAAAUAUGUCACAUUACUGAUUAGAAAAUGUGACUUAAAAGUAAAGUUCCUUUCUCUUCAAUUUCAUCUUAUAAAAUGAGAUGCAAAAAUAGAAAUCAAGAACAUUGCGACUUCAUAAAAAAACGGAAGCUUGGAUGCUAUAACAAAUAAAAUAUCCGCAGCUUAAAAUAGGAAAGAAAUGGAAAGUAACAAUCUAUUGACGUGGAUCGCAAUUAAGACACAAUUGAAUGAUAAAUGAUUAUUUAUGUACAUUUAAUAAAAUCUAGUGGUUAAGUGAUUUUACCAGUA